AUGUACUCGCCGUACUUCGAGCUGCCGGCGGAUGGCCCUGCGUGGCUGCACCCGCAGCUCGCCGCGUGCCUGCGCCGCGCCGGCGUCACCGCGGCCGACCUCUCGCCGGCGGGCGAUGCCGCGCUGCGGCGGACGGCGGCGGCGAUCCUCAACGCCGCGUGUGAGGAGCCGACAUCGAGCGAGCUCGACAUCGACCUGCUCCUCGACGUGGUGGCCGGCAUCGACGAGGCGCGCGUGCUGCGCGGCCUUGGCGCCGCGCCGCUGGCAGCGCUCCGGAGGUACGACCUCGAGCACACGCACCUGCUGCGGCCGCCCGCGGAGAGCUUCACACCCUACGCGGAGCUCGCGGCGGUGGUCAGCCUAGUCCCUCGUGGUGGCUCGUUUGCCGACCUCGGCUGCGGCUCCGGCCGCGCGCUGCUCGUCGCCGCGCUCCGGCGUCCAGACGUCUCGUGCGACGGCUACGAGGUGGUGGGCGCGCGCGCCGCCCUCGGGCGCGAGAUGCUGGCGAGGCUCGCCGGAGGCCGCCGCCGCCGCCGCUACCGCUGCGUCUCUCGCACCCUCGGCCGGUCGCGCUUGCCGCCCGCGGCAGCCGACGUCUUUUUUAUGUUCAACCCGCUCGCGCCGAGCUCUCUCGAGGCGCUGCUGCGGCAGCUCGGCGGCCUGGCGCAGCGGCGGCCCUUUCUGCUGGUGUGCAAGGCGAUGGACGCCGAGCUGCGCUCGGCGCCCGCCUUCCGCGCAUCGCGGCCGUGGCUGCGCCGCCUCCCAACGCGUGGCGCGGGGCUGCCACGAGGCUUCAGCCUCUUCCGCGCGGGAACGAGAGCGAGAGCGGGCUGCUGA